AACCAAAAUCGUCAGUCGUCACAUCGCCAUACUUUAGAUCAAGAGGCAAUUAAAGCAAAAAAUGUUCCAUUCCUAUAAUUAACAUUAACAUUAAUUGAUUGAUUUUUUCUUCCUAAGAAAGUAAUCCAGUGUGAAAGCGUGUGCCAAAACCCCACAAACAGUCUGUCUUCAAAGCUGUAAAGAAAUAAUGCGAAAAUGCAAAUGAUCCGCAGAGUCGCACCAUCCGCCAUGGCCUCUCUCUCUCUUCCUUGUUCUAGGGGACAGGAAUUGGUGUGUGGCCUGACAUGAGACAGCUUUCUGUUAGGAAGAAUCUAUUGUAUGUGUUUAUGAGACUUUUUUCGAUGCCAUUCAAGACAAUACGUGGUGCUGGCCGGACUCUCAAAGUUUCACAUUUCUGUAGCAUUACAAGCGUGUCUUCCACUCUGCAAAUUGAAUUGGUGCCUUGCUUAAAGGACAACUAUGCAUAUCUACUGCAUGAUGUGGAUACGGGUACUGUUGGAGUAGUUGAUCCUUCUGAAGCGGUGCCUAUCAUAGAUGCUUUGAGUAGAAGCAAUAGAAAUUUGACUUACAUAUUGAAUACACAUCAUCAUUAUGAUCAUACUGGUGGGAACAUGGAGUUAAAAGCAAGGUACGGGGCGAAGGUUAUUGGAUCCAGAACCGAUAAAGAAAGGAUUCCUGGCAUUGAUAUAGCUCUACGAGAUGGGGACAAAUGGAUGUUUGCAGGCCAUGAAGUUCUUGUCUUUGAAACUCCAGGACACACACAAGG